CUGCUUUGGCAUUUGAUUACAUGAAAUCGUGCAGUGCAACAGUCGUUGACGCGGAUAUGACAACCGCAGCCAAAUAACGCAACAAUAUGAGUCUGUGUUUUCAUUUUAAUUAGAUAGAAGUUGUUUCCUUUAAUCCAAAUCUUCUGGUAGUUGCUGGUUUUUGAAGACAAAUGAUGGGAGAUUUGAGUUUUUGUUGGUUGUGUUUGCAUGUCAUUGUUUCUAUGCUUUUAACUGGCUGUCUGAGCCGAUCCAGCACAGGUAAUGUGGCUUUCCUCGACGCACCUGACGCGCCAGUCUCCAAUUGUCCUUUACGCGUUCAGUACACCUGUUAUGAGUCGUCCGAAGUACACGUUCAGGUUCUGGUUUCUUUCGAUACUGGAUCUACCUCAGUUGUUUUUCACAAAUACUGGACCUGCGAGCCCGGACGUGUCAGAACCCGAGUGAUGAUCGUGAGUUUUCCUGACUGGCUUGUGUACCGACCCGAUUGGAUAGUACGCAGUUCUGACUGGGUUCUCAGCUGUUUAUUGCGUGGCUGGAUCGGCCCUGGUGAAUCCAUCGGGCCGGGCAGGUUUUCUCUAGCCAGUGUCACGGUUCCCCUCGAUAUUCACUCACCACUGAGUCGACCCUUCAAACAACACCUGCUUUGUACCAACUGGGACACAGACCUUCUCUGGAGAGUCAGGAGAGAUGGCAUGCCACAGUGCGCAGAAGAAAAUGAGGUGACAUCUUUUCUUUCCACAUUGUAUGCCUCUACUGGUGAGCUUUAUGGCAUCAUCAAAACCCUCCAGCCAUUCAGAAAUGAAGUUUUGGAAGGGCUGAGAAUCAAAUCCAUCUAUUACCCCUGGUGUGCCGUUUCUUUCUGGGUUUUGUUGACAAAACCUUGCAGUAACCAUUUAUGUGGACUGCUGCACCACAUUGAUGUGAAAAAUAAUUAUGCCACCCCUACCUUGUUCCUCACUGACACUGGUAAGAUUCACAUCCAGGUGCAUGGAGAUGCCGGGCACUCAUCAGCGUUUCUUUCAUCGUUUAAGGUUCCUCUUCAUCAGUGGUGUCGUAUCAACCUGGAGAUUCUGGGACGAAUGGCAAAACUUUCUAUUGCAUGUACUGACGGACAGCAGAAAUUUGUUAUGAAAGCUGAUGAGCAUAUAUUUGGCAUAAACGUCAUGUUGGAUGACACGCAUGGCUAUUUUGUGCUUGGUGGAGGUAAAUUCAUACGGGGGAUUGAAGGAUAUUAUGGACCGACUACAUUCUAUCGCACACAGGGGCUCCCAGCUGACACGGAUGAGAUUCACCUUCCUCAUGUAAUAUCAAAGGUGAAUAUAACUGGAUGGUUCCAGUCUUGUCAAAAUUUCAAAUCCGAGCUUUUCCUCUCUGUGUCAAGUCACUCUCUCACUUUAAAGAGACUAUCAGACAGCUGUUUGGACACAUACACAGAGCUGCUGCUGAAUCACAGUACAGUGAACUCAACAGAGCAAUCUAUGUUCUUCGAAUCUCAAACAAAUCCUUACAGACGCCAAGUUGCACAGUUGACCAAACUACUGUCACAGAAAUAUGGCGGGGUGAAUGCUACAGCAGUGGGCAGGAUGUUGUAUGCUCUAGUCCUCCGUAAGAUCAGUACAGCUCACAGUGUGGAGGUUAUAACCAGGAUGAUGCCUUUCCUGCUGCAUUCUGGCUGCUUAGGAGACUAUAGAGCACUACAUCUGUCCUCUGUGCUCUACAGCAGUGGAAUCGGAGUCAAGAGACAGCCGUACAAGGCUUGGCUGUUGUCCCUGUUGGCAGCUCAGAAGGACUGGAGAUUGGCGCUCUUGCGUUUAGGGCACAUGCACCAUGUUGGUGACCUGGAGGUGACCCCUGACCGUGACCUUUCCUAUGCUUAUUACAUCAAUAUUGCGAGACAAACCAGCAUGGAUCAGAAGAAACCCACCCCACAGCAAACGUUUGUUGAGUUAAUACGUUUAAAUGAUGAAGAGACCCUGAAGGCCCAAACCAAUGAAAAUGACGAUCUAUUUUACUGGCUAAAGCUGCAGGCACGAAGUGGAGUGGCUGAAGCUGAGCAAGCAAUGGGUCGUAUGUUGUUCUGGGGUCAGCAAGGUGUGUCUCCAGACAUCCAGACAGCAGUGAAACACUAUGAAAGAGGAGCCAUCAAACUCAAUGACCCCGUGUCCAUGUACGACUACGCCAUUGUGCUCCUUACGGGUCAAGGAGUUCCAAAAGAUGUUCAGAAAGGCGUUACAUUCCUGAAGAAAGCAAUAGAACAGGGGUCUGUUCCCGCUCUCACAGCUCUAGGCUGGUACUUUGAGCAGUAUGAGAAGGAUUAUGAGAAGGCGGUACAUCUGUGGGAAGAAGCUGAUGCCAAAGGUCACCCUGAUGCUGCCAUGAAUUUGGGAGUUUUCUAUUCCCAGGGUCUUUAUCCUGGAGAACCUGCCGACCAGUUUAAGGCAUAUAAGUACUACUUAAAGUCAGCCCAGAGAGGACUCUUAAAUGGUGGCAUUGAAUUGGCUGAUAUUUGGAUUCAUGGGAUCCCCGGCCAAGUUGCUCGACGCCCAGCGGAGGCUGUUCUUUGGGUUAAAUGGGCAUCUGAACAGAAUGGAUAUCUGGGAACAGUCUUGAGGAACGGGCUGAAUGCCUAUUUCAAAGGAGACUGGAUCAUGUCUUUGAUUUAUUAUCUCAGUGCAGCAGAGAGCGGAUUUGAAGCUGCUCAGUUUAAUGUGGCGUACCUCUGUGAACUCAACUCAGGCUCUUUGGAUCCAGCACUGGUGACUCAUUGCAUGUUAAGAUAUUAUAAUAUGUCAAUACAGGCUCAAGUUCCAGCUCCUUAUGCUUUGAUCAGAAUGGGAGAUCUGUUGUAUGGUGAACAGGCUUUGGGCAGAAAAGAGGUUUCUGAUGCUGCAGAGAUGUACAAGAAAGCAGCUCUCAAAAACGAACCACAGGGUUGGUAUAAUCUUGGCCUGCUUGUCCAAAACGGAGAGUCUCUGCCGUUCAGUGUUCUUUCUGAGCUUAAUUUGCUACACCUUCACUUAACAGACAGACAGAAGCUUCUCAUCACUCUGUACCAAAGAUGCAGAGAGACGAAUAUCACCGAUGCAUACCUGCCAUGCACACUGGCACUGUUCAGCGCACACCUACGAUCUUUCCAAGUACAUCAGGAUACUACUAUGAAGCUCAUUGCCACAGUUUCAGCAGCAGCAAUAGGAACUCUGUCUUUUGCAUUCGGACUCUUUAAAUGGAGGACAACACCACUCCACCAAACAUCCCAAACAUCUGCUUCCAGCCAAACCCAGGGGGAGGAAGAGGAAGAAUCCUAACGGAAACUACUAGAUAACAUUUUAUUAUUCUUCCAUUAUUCUCAGUGGAUUUCCUCCAUACAAAGCACUUGUUAACCUUUGCUUUGUAAUAGGAAUAAUUGGUAACACUUUACUUAAAGUCUUUAUAUAUAAUGCAUUAAAAUUAUUUUAAUGCAUUAAUUAUGCCUUCUAAUGCAUUGUAUGGUCUUACACAGUUAUAAUAUUUGUCUAUUCACUUUUACACCUUUAGAAAGUAUAAUGCAUUAAAACAUGACAACCAAUUUUAGAUGUAACAAGAAAUCUGUAAAUAUUAUAAUGCAUUUUAACUUUGGUUACAAUUAUUUAUGAAAAGAUACAUUAUGAGUGCCUUUAUAAUGCAUUAUACAUAAAGGCUUCAAGUAAAGUGUUAAAUCCUCGUUUUGUGUCAUUGAGGCAAAAAUUUGAGCUGUCAUAUUGAUUAAUCGCGAUUAAUCACAUCUAACAUAAGUUUGCAAAUAUGUGUAUACAUGCACACCCGAAAAAAACUUUUAUGCUAGAUGCGAUUAAUCAUGAUUAAUCGCAUCUAACAAAAGUUUAUGUGCUUGUAUACACAUAUUUACAAACUUUUAUACUAGAUGCGAUUAAUCGCGAUUAAUCGUGAUCAAUCAUAUCUAAUAUAAAAGUUUGUAAAUAUGUGUAUACAUGCCGCGCGCGCACAGACUUUUGUUAGAUGCGAUUAAUCGUGAUUAAUUGAUUUGACAGCUCUAUUUUUUUUAUUGCACAGUAGUGUGCAGUUAAUGCCCUUCUUUUUUUAAAGAAAUGUCAAGUUAUCCUGUUUUUUUUUUGUGUGCUGUCAAAUCGAUUAAUCGUAAUUAAUCGCGUCUAACAUAAAAGUUUGUGUGUGUAUAUGUGUGCGCAUGUAUGUAUACACAUUUACAAACUUGUUAGAUGCAAUUAAUCACGAAUAAUCAGGAUUAAUCGCAUCUAACAAAAGUUUGUGUGCAUGUAUACGCAUUUACAAACUUAUAUUAGAUGUGAUUAAUCGCGAUUAAACGAUUAAUCACAUCUAACAAAAGUUUGUAAAUAGGUAUAUACAUGCACAAACAAACUUUUGUUAGAUGUGAUUAAACGCAUCUAAUAUAAAAGUUUUUAAAUGAGUAUACAUGCGCACAAACUUUUGUUAAAUGUGAUUAAUCGUGAUUAGUCGCAAUUAAUCGUGAUUAAUCACAUCUAACAUAAGUUUGUAAAUAUGUGUAUACAUACACGUGCACAAACUUUUGUUAGAUGUGAUUAAUCACGAUUAAUCGCAUCUAACAAAAGUUUGUAAAUAGGUGUGUACAUGCACACAAACUUUUGUUAGAUGUGAUUAAUUGUGAUUAAUCACGAUUAAUCAUGAUUAAUCACAUCUAACACAAGUUUGUAAAUGUGUGUACAUACAUGCACGCACACACACACACACACACACACACAAACUUUUAUGUUAGAUGCGAUUAAUCGCCAUUAAUCAAUUUGACAGCACAAAAAAAAAAAAAAUAUUUUUAAAAGAAGCACAUUUAACUACGCAAAGCUGUUUAAAAUCUCUAUUCAGGCUGACUUAAUAAAACUUUUUAAGUAAAACAGACUUUUUAAAUAAACUAGUGGAUAUGAUGUGAUUAAAGUACUUUUUUAAAAAGUUA